UAUAUGGCAGGUUUGGAUAAGAAGCUAACGACGACCUCGGUGAGUCCUCAGCGACAGGAGCGUUUACGAGGAGAUUUCACAAGGUUUUUGGAAACAGACAGACUCUUUAAGCUCGAAGGAAAGCUUUAGGAGAGGAAGAAAGUAACCCCCUCAGUGCCACCCUUCGUCUAUACGCCAAAGUCAAUGCGCUCCAUCAUUAAGACCUGCAGCUGCUUCACCGGCUGUUUACAAACGCGUCUUAUCACCAACACACACUGAUUUCUGUUGAAUUUAAACCUGUGUUGGUCGAGCUGCUUCCUCUGAGGUGAGAAAAGCAAAAUAAGAAGAAGGAAAGGGGACCAAAGUGUGUCCAUCGACCCCCUUUCCAUCACUAUGGACUGGUUAAUGGGGAAGUCUAAAACGAAGCCAAAUGGAAAGAAGCCACCCACAGAGGAGAAGAAGCCGUACGUAGAACCAGACUACACCAAAGUAAGGGUCGUCGACUUCGACCUGAAGGAGCUGGUGGUGCUGCCACCCGAGAUCGACCUGAACGAGUGGCUCGCCAGUAACACCACGACGUUCUUCAAUCUGAUCAACCUGCAGUACAGCACGGUGUCCGAGUUCUGCACAGGAGACACGUGCCCUGUCAUGUCAGCCUGCAACACGACGUACUACUGGUAUGAUGAGAAAGGAAAGAAGACAAAAUGCACGGCGCCGCAGUAUGUAGACUUCGUCAUGAGCUCGGUCCAGAAGCUCGUUACAGAUGAGGACAUCUUUCCCACAAAGUAUGGCAAAGAGUUCCCCAACGCCUUCGAUUCGUUGGUGAAGAAGAUCUGCCGCUACCUUUUCCACGUGCUGGCACACAUCUUCUGGUCUCACUAUAAGGAGACAGUGGCCAUGGAGCUGCACGGACACUUAAACACGCUCUACACGCACUUCAUCGUCUUUAUACGGGAAUUCAACCUGAUGGACCCCAAGGAGACGUCCAUAAUGGACGACCUGACCGAGGCCCUGUGUACGCCCUUGCCCCCUCCUCCACAGAACCACGUGACGGAGAGAUGAGGCUCGCACUCGUCUCCUUUCCAUCCCUCUGCUCACGGGAGGACCAAAGGCCACGCCCUUUCACCUCCUACAAACUUAGCUCUCUUUUUUACGACUCGGUCAGGAUGGGUCAGCCUGGCCUACGGGCGGCAGCACACUCCCAGACCCCCCCCCUUCCUCUUCCAGAGGCUGUACUGUUCUGCGAGCCCUUUAACCAGGAAGCAUUGACACCUUCACCUUCUUCCUUUUGUUUUGUUUUUGUUUAUAGUUUGUUUGGUUUCCUUAUGCCCAUGUGCUAAUUCGGGUGGGUUUGGAAUACGGGAUGAUAGGUUUGGUUUGUCUCUUCUUCCUGACGUUAGCGCCUUCUAUCCAUCCAUGUUAGAACAACAAGAAAGAUGAGGAAGAUAGUAGUGGCACUGCUUUUCUGUACAGUUUAAGAAGACUGAACUGUAGUCCUGGUCGUCUACAGAGUCUUCUUAAUCAUAAUAAUCAUAAUAAUAAGGGUUUUUUUGGUUUUUUGUUUUUUUUACUUUGGAGGCACAAAAAGAAGUGUGAAAUUCAGACCUUCAGGACCAGACAGUUUACCCCAUAAUAAGUCUGACUACUUUCCACACAAGAUGCUCUUUAAUCCAGGGUCUUACACAGUGGCUGCACCUUUUCUUUUUCUUUUUUUUUUUGAAUAUUUUAGAUAAUCUAGUCAGACCGUAUGCCCUCGUCAGUGCUUCUCCAGCACCGGAGCGAUCCGCAGGCAGGCGGCCAUAUCGGAUCCAUCUAGGAAGCAGCACCAGUCCGAAGGCCUCGCUUUGUGGUGCUUUUCCAUUACGCAGCACAAUGACAAAGACAUUUUGUCUGCUACCUUUGUUCCAUAUCCUAUAUAAAAGGUACAAGUUACAUCACAAUUCCCCUCCGUGUUUAAUUAAGAAAACAAAUGAUAUAAAAAGAAACAGGUAAGGGAACAAUUGGGUCAGGAUCGAGGUUUCGCACCAGGCUCACUUUGCAAGGACACUUUCAAAAAACGGAGAAGUGGCAAAAGAAUGUAAAAUUAGUCUUUAUGUAUUUAAAUGUUGGAAAAAAAAAUAUCCGGAGUGAGUGAGAGAGAGAAUGAAAGGGAAAAAAAAGGUGUAUGUAAACAUGAAAGAGAAAGAAAAGAUAUUUUAAAGUCCUCCCUUCAUCACUGUUCAGAGAGUUCUCUUGGGUUGAGCUUCUCUCAUUUAGAGGGUUGGAUGUUUUUCAUUUUUAAUUUAUUUAUCUUUUUUCCCCCCAUUUGGUUUAGGUUUUGGCUUUUUUUUUUUUCCAGGACCCAGAUUUGGCUUUCAUUUUUAUGUAUUUUAAUAAUACUUAAGUUAAAAGCGAUUUAAUAUUUUAAGCUCUGCAAAUUAUACCCUAAUAAAAUAUUUAAAAUGUCACUAA